AUGUCGCCUACCGACAAGACCUGCGUGGCCUGCAAGGCCGUUGAGGGCAGGUACAAGUGCCCUACUUGCUCACAGUACACUUGUUCGGUACCAUGCAACAAGGCCCACCGCGAGGGACACGCCGAUGACCCGCAGCCCCAGCUUAUCCCCAGCGACACCGUCCCUGAUGAAGGUGGCGAAGUAUCUGACGAGGACAAGUGGUUCCACAAUAACAUUAACAAGCUCUUCGCGAAAUUCCCGACCUUGCAGUACCAGUUAGCCAGCAUCCACGAGGCUACGGAGCCUCCCAGCGCUGAUCACUCGAGACCUCAUGGAAUGAACUACUCGUCAAAGCCCAAUCAAAAAAAGCAGCAGCCUUGGACCGCCGACAUUGGCUUGGAGAACGGAAUUAAGGCCCUGCGACACGCUCGCGACUCGGCCGAGGACGACGGCCUGGACGAGUACUGCGACCUUGUCAAGAUCCAUAAUACUCGCAAGGCGGAUGCUGCCGAGCGCCUGAGACGUAAGAUGGGAGAGACCGACGCCGAGAUCAUUGCUCGACUUAUCCGAGAAGAGGAGGAGCAUGACCAGGUCCGAUCCUAG